AUGAGUAUACUGGCAGUCAUCAAGCAGAAUCGCAUCACGGAAAUUGCGACAGAGAAUGAUCUUCCUAUUAUUGCACUUGUGCAGUCAGCCGGCGUCUUCCUCCCCCAACAGUUUCGAGUAUUCCACGCAGGCGGACGGAUCUUUCGCGAUCUCGCUGUUCGUACGCAACAAGGCAAGCCCACAUGCGCCGUUGUCUUCGGCUCUUCGACGGCUGGCGGUGCAUAUCAUCCUGCACUAUCCGACUACACGAUCUUUGUGGAAGAUCAAGCACAAGUGUUCCUAGGCGGUCCGCCGCUGGUAAAGAUGGCGACAGGAGAGGUGGUCACAGCGGAAGAGCUUGGUGGCGCGAAGGUGCAUGCGACGGUCACAGGAUUGGCAGAUCAGAUUGCUGUGGAUGAGUAA